AUGGAUGAUCAAGAAGUUGAAAAUUGUAGUAAUUCAAGUGCAAAGAAUAACAGUGCAAAAUCAGGUAGCAUUUUUGAAGGCAACAAUAAGAGCAGCAAGAGAUUAUCUAAAGUAUUUAAAAAAUUACGACUGAAUCACUCCAGUUCUGUACAACAACAACCAAAGGGCCAUAGUAGUGAUGACGACGAUACUCCCAACCUUCAUUUAAAUGAAACAAAUCAUUUAGAAGUACGAAAUAGAUUAGAAGUUCCUGAUAUCAAUUAA